CUUUAAUUGAUACAAGCGGCCAUUUUUUAGUGUUGGCAACUUCUGAUAUGGCUGCUGAGAAGAACGGGAAUAUGAGAGGAAAUAUGCGUCCACAGAACAGAUCUCCACCUUUUGUAUUAGUAGGACUAUUGGUAGUGAUAGCCAUAUUAGGUUUCAACUACUGGACAAUCUCGAAAAAGAAUGCAGAGAUCGAUAUAAAGCUCAGAGAAUUGAGUGAAAAACUCAGAUUGACUGCCAUGCAAAAACUUACUGUUGAUAAACAAAAUGAUGCUUUAUUGGGGAAUUUAAAAGAAAGCACAGAUUUACUUGAAAGGAACAAGGCAUCGGGUGCACAGAAGGAACAAGAAAUCUCAUCUUUAACAACAGAUUUGAACAAUAAAAAUAAAGAUUUGGAGAAUAUGCGAAUCGAUAUAAAUCAAAUCAAAAUUGAAAAGGAGGACCUGGAAAAAAAUAACAAAGAGCAACAGGAAGAUAUUGAAAGAAAGAAGACAGAAUAUACUGAACUUCAAGCCCAACUGGAAGAACGCAAUCGUCAAAUUGAGGAACUUGGAAACAAGAAAUGUGAACCUACGGACUGCACUCCUGCUAUUACUGGCAUGAAACAAGAUUUGUUUAAAACUAUUGAAGAGAACUUUGGAAAGCAGGCUCUUCAAGUACUGUCCAGCAAAGGUCUUGAUCUUCUUGGGUAUCAACCAGGUCGUGUACAACAGCCAAAUCAAAAUGCUUUCCAAAUGAAUCAGAAUCAACAACAACAACAACAGCAACAACCUAUCGAUCAAAAUCAACAAGCUCAACAACCUGGAAGGGAUCAAAAUCAACAACAACAAUUCGUUGAUCAAAAUCAACAACAAAACCAACAACAACAAGCCAAUGAUCAAAACCAACAACAACAAGUUGUCGAUCAAAAUCAGCAAGUUAAAGCACCCGCAGGGGAUCAAAACCAACAACAAGUCGGUGAACAAAAUCAACAAGUUGUUGAUCAAAACCAACAACAAGUCGGUGAACAAAAUCAACAAGUUGUUGAUCAAAAUCAACAACAAGUUGGUGAACAAAAUCAACAAGUCAAAGCACCUGCAGGGGAUCAAAAUCAACAGCAACAAGUUGU